AUGUCAUUAACUAAGGAACAAACAGCAUCCCUAAUAAUAUCGUAUUUAUCUUACCUGACGAAUAAUAACGUAUUGGAUGAAGACAAGAAAGAAUCAUUGCGUGUGGCAAUUACUUGUAUUGGAGAAUCAUUUAGCUUAGAUGGAGAUAUUUUACCAACUAGCCUUAAAGAAAGAACAUUGAAGACUAUACUUCAAGAGAAUUUGAAUACCCUAGAAGCUACUCAGAAGAUUCAUAAUGAGGAAGCAGAAGCUUUGAAAAAGGAAGGAAAUGAAGCUAUGAUCGAAGGGCAGUAUGAAGAAGCGAUUAAAAAAUAUACAGAAGCUAUUCAAUUCAGUAAGAAUGUUGCUUAUUAUUCUAAUAGGUCAUUAGCAUACUCGAAACUAGGGAGGUAUGAAGAUGCAGUAAAUGAUGCGACUUUGGCUAUUAAUAUAGAUCCGAGUUUUUCAAAGGCAUAUUCAAGAUUAGGAUACGCUAAAUGCUGCCAAGAUAAACUUGAAGACGGGAUGACUGCUUAUAAACGCGCUAUUGAUUUGGAAGGUACUAAUGCCAGUAAAACAUUGUAUGAUGAUUAUGAAGAUGCAAGGUUUAAAUAUGAACAACUAAAAAAAAAUGAUGAUAGUGAAGAGAGAAAAAGCAUAAAGGAGGUAACAAGUGAAGAGUGUCCGGAGAAAAAUAAUAAUCAAGAUGAGGGAUUCACAGCUGUAAACCACUAUGCCCAAAAUAAUGACAAUAAAUCGAAAGAGGAGACAAAAGAGGAAAACAGAUCACAGGCUGCUGAUUUGUCGAAUAUAGCUCGUUUGCUAGGAAGUGGUGUAGGUGGAUUGAUGAAUAAUCCUCAAUUGAAGCAGAUGGUAUUUCAGGCUAUCAACGAUAAUCCUGAUGCGUCACGUCAAGUGAAAGAUGUUCUUAAUAAUCCGUUACUGAGAACGACUCUUUCAGAAUUAAUGAACACGAAAAUGGGAGGUAAGACACCUCAAGAGAUGUUGCAAAGUGGUACGGUAAACAAUUUGAUUCAAUCUUUCCUUGCAGGAACACAACAAGGGAAAAAAUGA